AUGAGCGCCGCCCUCUUCAGCCUGGACGGCCCGGCGCGCGGCGCGCCCUGGCCCGCGGAGCCCGCGCCCUUCUACGAGCCGGGCCGGCCCUGCAAGCCCGCCGCCCGCGCCGGCGAGCCCGCCGCCGGCCCCGCCAUGUACGACGACGAGAGCGCCAUCGACUUCAGCGCCUACAUCGACUCCAUGGCGGCCGUGCCCACGCUGGAGCUGUGCCACGACGAGCUCUUCGCCGACCUCUUCAACAGCAACCACAAGGCGGGCGCGCCGGGCGCCCCGGAGCCGCCGCCCGGCCACCCCGCCGCGCGCGCCCCGGGCCCGGGCCCCGCGCCGCGGCCGCUCAAGCGCGAGCCCGACUGGGGCGACGGCGCCGCCGCCUCGCUGCUGCCCGCGCAGGUGGCCGCGUGCGCGCAGACCGUGGUGAGCCUGGCGGCCGCGCAGCCCACGCCGCCCGCGUCCCCCGAGCCGCCGCCGCGGGCCAGCCCCGCGCCCGGCCCCGCGCCCGGCCCGGCCCGCGACAAGGGCGCCGGCGGGAAGCGCGGCCCGGACCGCGGCAGCCCCGAGUACCGGCAGCGGCGCGAGCGCAACAACAUCGCGGUGCGCAAGAGCCGCGACAAGGCCAAGCGGCGCAACCAGGAGAUGCAGCAGAAGCUGGUGGAGCUGGCGGCCGAGAACGAGAAGCUGCACCGGCGCGUGGAGCAGCUCACGCGGGACCUGGCGGGGCUGCGGCAGUUCUUCAAGCAGCUGCCGGGCGGCGCGCCCUUCCUGCCGCCCGCGGCCGCCGACGGCCGGUGA